CUGGGUAAGCCGCCUGACGCAUGUAAACUUGUCAAAAUAGUCUCGUGUUUAUUAGCGAUGUAAACAUUAUUUUUUCUCAGGGAUGAUUAUAAAAUCGACAAAGCGCCUUUUAUCGAGCUCUGCUCUUUUCCGUUCGACGAGGAACCUCAUGAGUACAAACAAUCACAUAAAAAGAGUCUCGAUCGAAGGAAAUAUUGCGGUCGGGAAGUCCACCUUCGCUCGACUGCUCCAGAACGCCUGUCCUGACUGGGAUGUGAUCGCGGAGCCCGUCAGCAAAUGGCAGAAUGUGGACCAAACACCUCCGACAGCGUCCAGUCCUCAGCCGUGCACCAGUAACCUGUUGGAGAUGAUGUAUCGUGACCCAAAGCGCUGGUCCUACACCUUCCAGAGCUUCUCCUGCAUGAGCCGUCUGCGCACACAGCUGCAGCCGCUGCCGGACGCACUCCUGCAGUCCAGAGGAGGAGCGAUGCGUGUGUAUGAGCGCUCUGUCUAUAGUGACAGGUACAUCUUCGCUCUGAACAUGUUUGCUCUGGGCUGUAUAAACUCCACCGAGUGGGCUGUGUAUCAGGACUGGCACUCAUUCCUUAUUGAGCAGUUUGGUCAUCGAGUUCAGCUGGAGGGCAUCAUUUACCUGCGCGCUUCUCCACAGACGUGUCUGGAGAGGUUAAACAGGCGUGCUCGAGCAGAGGAACAAGAGAUCGAGCUGGAUUACCUGGAGAAACUGCACACCAGACAUGAAGACUGGCUCAUCAACAAGACUACCACGCUUCAUUUCGAGCAGCUGAUGAAAGUGCCCGUGCUGGUUCUGGAUGCUGAAGUAGCAUUUGAGCAAAACCCUGAGGUUCAGGAUAAUUUAUUAACUAAGGUUAGAGAUUUUUUCAGUCAAUUAUAAACUGCUCGAUGGGACCAAAACGCACAGUGGACCAUUACUUGUCCUCGACAGAUUCUGGGUUUUUGGGCCAAAUCUCAGAUCUGAUGUUUCUGCUGCUGAAGAUCUUCAUCUCUAAAGGGGGUUUUCUUCAUGUUUAAUAGUAACGAUGAAGCUGGCCAAGCAUAUAUAUUUGACAAUGUUUUAUUUUUGCGUAAUGAAAACAGUACUGUGACAAACUAUAAAUAUGUUUUGUAAUGUAUUUAUUUCAAUAAACAUGUAUAACUAAA